GAGGUAAAUAGUAUACCGAAUCUCGCAGAAACUGGCUCCACCUUUCCCGGAAGUGUGGCAGAAUGUGCUGGUUUUAGUUUUACACUGUUCGAUCAGGACGCCAGCUGCUCUCGCUGUUGCUGUUGCUGGUAGCCUCGUUGGCGAGGUGGGCAUACAUGGCUAGUGAACAGGCGGAGGGCAAAAUCUACGGGAGUGGGGAUAUGGAGUCAUUUGAAUCCCGCACAAAUGAACAGACGCCGCCGAUGGACUUCCAACAGACUCUGCUGAAAGUCGAGCAAUCUUUAAACCGGGAGGAUUUGCAGGCGUUGGUUUUUCUUUGCGCGGACCUCCUGGAAAAAGAUGCGCGCUCUAUCUCUAACGGGCGAGAUCUUUUCACUCAGUUGCAAGAACUUGAUCUUCUUACCCCAGAGGAGCCAUCCCUUCUCGCAGAGCUGCUUCGCAUGUCCAAACGCAACGGGCUGCUCCGGCAGCUGGGUCUCAGUGACCUUCCACCGAAAGGACUUGUUUCCCCCUAUAGAAAGCUGCUGUUCGAUUUGUCAGAGAACAUAACUGCAGAAGAUUUGAAGAGCAUCAAGUUCCUGCUGUACAACACUCUACCCCGGAAAAAACUGGAUGGUGACAUAACCAUGCUAAGUCUGCUUCUGGAAAUGGAAAAGGAAGAUUUCUUGAGCAAAACUAAGCUGGAAACACUAGAAAACAUAAUUGGGCAAGUCUGCCCCAGCUUAAGAAAAAAGGUCAUCCAGUUUAAGGAAGAAAAUGGUCCAGUUAUCCAGGAGACAGAAAUUCCAUAUGCGAGUGCAAGACUGGCUCAGCCUGUGGAGUUUCCAUCCUAUAUUGGUGACCAGAUGCAGCCCAGUCAGGGUGCUUCUUCAUAUGAAAGACCUGCCAGCUUCGGAUGUGUUCAGGAGCAUGAAGAUCAGUAUGGGCUUGGGGGAGAGGAGUUAGUGCCCCCCUCUCGCUUUUACGCACAGCCACAUGCCUCAUCUCAGGAACCCUGUGCUCUGCCCUCACACCUCUCCUCCAUUUCGCCUGCAUCUCUAGACACUCCGGAUGCCAGGAGGGAGGGGCUGUCGCUCAGUCAGUUUAGCAGCAGUGGGACAACUGGCUCCACUUUCUCCUCAGUGCAAAGCCACAAUGUUUCUUUCACCUCUUCGUGUGAGGAGAAGAACCUGAGUGCUGCAGAGCCUUGUCCUGGAAGAAGACAGGAAAUAGAGGCAUAUGCGAUGGAGGAGGACAGGUCAAGAGGAGUCUGCUUGAUUAUAAACAACUAUGACUUUUCACAAAGCAAAUUUAAAGACCGCGAGGGAACAGACGUAGAUGAGACGUGCUUGGUGGAAGUAUUUCAGUGGCUGGGCUUCGAGACGCGAACCAAACGAGACUGCGACCAGCAGCGCAUGCGCACGUUGCUGGCCCAGCUCAGCCAGGAGGACCACAGCCGCAGGGACUGCGUGGUCUGCUGCGUGCUGAGCCACGGCGGGCAGGGCGUGGUGUACGGGGUGGACGGGCGCGCGCUGUCACUCAGAGAGCUCACGGAGCCCUUCUCCGGCACCCACUGCGCCACUCUGAGGGAGAAGCCCAAGCUGUUCUUCAUCCAGGCGUGCCAGGGUAGGAAGGAACAGCUGGCGGUGCCCGUCGAGUCCAACUGCCUCCGCUUCGCCCAGACGGACCUCGCCACCGACGCGGCCGUGCCGCGGAACUCCAUCCCCGACGACGCCGACUUCCUGCUGGGCAUGGCCACCGUGCCAGAUUACGCCUCCUUCAGAAACAAGAAGGAGGGAACCUGGUUCAUCCAGUCUCUGUGCGAGAAUCUUGUGCAGCUGGUUCCCGGUGGGCACGACUUGCUCUCCAUCCUGACCAAGGUCAACCAUCACGUCAGCGGAAUGGCGGACGGAUCCGGCACCAGGAAACAGAUGCCCCAGCCCGCCUACUCCCUUCGGAAGAGGGUCGUCUUCCCAGUGCCACGGCAACCAGCACCCACACUAAAGCUGGGAACCACAGCAUGAGCCAGACCACACCACUAAAGGAGUACCAUGUGUCCCCAUAAACCACCCUUACAC